AUGCCCUUGAAAUAUAUUAAAGAAAUAAUUUUCUUCUUCAUGACUGUGGUUGGCAUGCUGGGAAACAUUUCUGUUUCAGUGAAUUAUAUGAUCAGUUGGUGCGGAGGGCCUGAGAAGAAACCCAUACACCUUAUUCUCAUUCACUUGGCCUUUGCAAACUUCCUUAUCCUUUUUUCGAAAGGAUUGCCAAACACAAUGGUAGCUCUUGGUUUGAGAAACUUCCUAGAUGACAUAGUAUGUAAGAUCCUCAUUUACCUGCAGAGGGUGGCCCGUGGGGUCUCCAUCUGCACCAGCGGUCUCCUCACUGUGGUCCAGGCCAUCAUCAUCAGUCCCAGAGCAUCUGGGUGGAGGAGGCUCAGACCAAAGUCUGCAUGGCACAUCCUUCCAUUCUUUUCAGUCUUUUGGAUACUCAGUGCUUUAAUAAGUGUGAACCUAAUCUGUUCUGCCACAAGUAUAAACCUGAAUAUAUCACAGUUUAAGAGUGAAGACAACUAUUGCUAUUUUAUACUAGAAAAUCAGCAAACAAAAUGGAUUGCUCUCCCUCUCAUGGUCCUGAGAGAUGCUGUGUUUCAGGGAGCCGUGGGAGGCGCCAGUGGCUACAUGGUACUUCUUCUCCACAAGCACCACCAGCAUGUCCUCUACCUCCAGAACUCAAAGCUUCUCUACAGAACUCCCCCUGAGCUGAGAGCUGCUCAGAGUGUCCUUCUUCUGAUGCUCUGUUUUGGUUUCUUCUAUUGGGCUGACUGUGCUUUUUCUCUAAUUAUAAGUCUCUCUUUAGUGAACAAUUCCUUGUUGGUAAAUAUUCAAAAAUUUUUGGUCCUUGGUUAUGCAACUUUCAGCCCCAUUGUGUUGAUUCAGAGGGAUGGACUUCUGCCUGAGUGUUGGCAUGCUUGGCGGGAGAAAUUGAGAAAAUAUCUCUCUAAUUUUUCUAUUCAAUGA